GUCCACUAGGCGUUGCGCUGCACGUAGUCUCUGUGGCAUUGAGCUCUCGACCCGUCAAACUCGCAGCUCUCUCUGUCUCUCUGCGAUGAGUCUCCACAUGCCAAAAAAGGAUAUUGAUGUGAGGGCAGCGCGUGUUGCAGCUCACCAGAAAGCGUACAAGGGCCCCGUACUUAUACGUGAAGUUGCGGACAAGGGGCCUGGGGGCAUUGCUCUCCACGCGAAUAAGCACGUGCAUUGUUGCCAGACUUUCUGGAAAGCAGAUUUUGGGAGCGAGUCCGUGGAGCAAAAGGCUGCAGGUGAAGCGGCGCUGGUGGGUUACAACGUUCCUGACGAAGAUGGGAAUGAGGCGCAGACUGAGCAGGCGUCAGACGAGGAGGCUGUGCUUCAGGGGGACGUGCACAAGUUGAGCGCAAAUCAGAGGCGCGCCUUAUUAUGCCUCGGGGAGGCUCGUCAGCAUUCACGGUUCAAGCUGAAGCAAAUCUCCUUGAGUUUCAGUGGCGCGUCCGUCUUCUUCUUCUCGCCCAGCCGCAAGGACGGAACACCCAUGCCGUCAUCAGUGCUGAAAUUCGACGUUGCUGCCAACGUGAAGGAGGAGAUUGAGUUGACCGAGCGGUACGGGAAGUUGUUUGGCUUGACAACUCCGAAAGUUAAGGAUUCUCAAUUUCUUGAAGACGUCUCCGAAGACGAACCAUGUGCUGUCAUGCAGAUUGACCUAUGCGGUGGCAUAUUUGGUCUUCCCGAGUUUGCUUCUGCCCCACCUGUGCUCACCUUUGCGUCAGUAAUCCAGGGUGAGUUUACUUCUGGGAAGCGCCAGACUGAUGUGGUGCCCAUCGUCAACGAGGCCCUGACCCGACGCAUGCUUGCCUUCACGAUGUCUACGCGUUCCGUCAGGAAGGAGAAUCUAGCCAAGAUGUACAAGAUUGUCCGCUUUGUCGGCCACGGCAUCCUCAAUCGAGCUGUGGAGGGUGCGAAACGUAGCAAACACAAUGCUGCAUUGGGCUUCGGAUUUCUGACGCCACCCGACAUCGAUGACCUAGAUCCCGAAGGCAAGUUCGUCAGUGAGUUGUGCGGCAAACGUUCUACCAUCAAGCGCUUCUUCCAAGAGUUCAUUGAGCAGGAGCAGCGAUUCAAUAAAAAGUUUGACCGGCAAAUAGUUUGUGGCUUGGCGCACAACGAUUUGCACGGCGGGAAUCUACUGCUCGACUCACAAGGGCUAGUCUGGCUGAUAGAUUUCGCGACCGUGAAGGACAACGUCCACGUGCUCAUGGACCUUUCAAAAUUCCUUGCGUCUUGCCUCUUCUUGUAUCUGGAGGAUAAUGUGAACGAGUCGCACAUCCAAACGUUUGCGAAGCUGCUUUUCGCUACACCCGAUGCCACAACAGCGCUGCCUUUAAUCGGAGGGGAGCAGCUCAAGAGCGAUCCGACGGCUACGUUUGUGCUUGAGCUGCUGACACGCAUCAGGCACUGUCUCUGCAUUUACGAGAUUGGUGACGACGUCCCAGACAACGACGGCGUUCCAUUCGCUUUAGCUUUCUUCUCGUGGUCGGCGCGAAUGCUAUCAUACAGUGAGCCGAGCAUGCACCAGAAGACCCGUGCUUCUUUCUUUGCCCUUGCAGGUGCUCAGCGAGUGAUGUGGGAAGCUGGCGUUGACGUCGGACCCACAGCGCUGGAAUGGAUUGAACAGUACCGCACAGUCUGGGAGGGCCAGAAAGGCCGCCGGCUGAGUACCAGUGCGACACACGUGCAGGUUGCUUCUUUCGAGUUUGAAUCUGACUUUCCUAGGUAUUUGGCGCAGAUUGGGACAGCGGAGGCGUGGUCCACUGACUUCCUCACCCGCGAGAAAGUACACGUGACUGACCAUUGUAUCAAAGUGGACGUGAAGUUCAGUGGGCGCAUUUUCCCGCGUAGCCUACAGCUGCCGAAGAGCGUGAAGAUUGUCUGCGAGAAGUUGCGCAUGGUCCACCAGCAGUAUCUACCAGAAGUGCUGAGUCAAGAAAGAUAUCAGGGUCGGGUAUUCGUGAUUGGCGAUUCCGGGAGCGGGAAGACUCUCAUGACGAAGCAGCUUUUCUCGGAAGUGGCACAGCAACAGCUGCUCGGCAUCCGCGAUGAGCCAGGAGACAUGGCGGGUACCACGAGAAUCAGCGGCAUGAACCUCAUCCCCGUCCGGACUCCACUUAUCGACUUGGCUAGGCAGCUUGAGGCUAACCCGGACCUGCCUCUGGGGGCCGACCCGAUCUGCGACUUGCUAUCCGAGUGGAUGCAAAGAAAGCAUGGCCACGAUUCCAUCCCGCACAAGCUGGUCUAUACUGUGCGAAAUUGGUGCCUUGGUGCUGCUGACCGCGCGUCCAGGAGGACAUCUGUUCUUUCGGCAUCGGAAGGAGAAGAUGCAACACGCGAGAAAGCUAUCGGAGACCCCCAGCAUUCAGAAGACAUCAAGGCGUUGUUUCUGUUGUUCGAUGGUCUGGACGAGGCAGCUUCCUCUCGGUUACAGGUGCUGGAAUUCAUCCGGUCGAUACUGCAAAGCGAGCCGUCACACCUCUGUGUUCUCACAUCGAGGCCAGGUAAUUUGGGACCCUCGGAGUAUGACUUGCUCGCGUCGCUGGCUUUCGUCUCGUUCAGGAUGGGUGCUUUGACUCUCCCACAGGCUGAAGACGUUGUGCAGCGUACACUCACACGCGCUCAAGAAGCGCAUGAGACGAUCAGCGCCAUCCGAAGCAGUGUGUCUGACCCGGGCUAUUCCUCCCUCAGGGAGAAUCCCCUCAUUUUGACAUUGCUCAUCCAUGUGCUUCGGAAGUUCCACUCUCAGAGUACAGAAGGCAAGAGUCUUCCACUGACAGAUGACCGUGCACGAAAGGAUGUCAUGAAGAAGACUGAUAUCUACCAGCGUGCUGUGAAGCUCAUGUUGCAUCAAUCUGAUGCUGCAAAGUUCGCGAUGCGGGAUGGAGCCAAUGACCAAGCGAUGGUUCGCAGGCUAGAGAUGUUGAAGAGCGUACGGGCACGACAGCUCUUCCAGUCAGUGUCGUUUCAUUUGCACCAAUUGAGGCUGCGCUCGACUUCCUGGACAGGCAUAGAGCACGCCUCAGACGACAAUGGUAUGAUCGUGGUGCUGAAGGAUGCGUUUCAGCAGGGGCGCAUGCCCAUCUUAGAGAAAGUUGAAGUGUUCGAUGCGGAGCCUGAGGUGCAGCUUACGCACCUGUCAUUCCAGGAGCUGAUGGGCGGUGAGUAUUGCGCGGCGAUCGUUUGCCAUGCUCAUUCUCAGAAGAAAAUGCGAGCAUACGUAAACUCCAUCCUAUCUAGCAGUUCGCAGUGUUUGGACCGCGAGCGGCUGUCCGAGAGCUGGUGGCUCCAAGUGUGGUUCCACGUCUUUGAGAUGCUGGACUCAGAUGUUCUCGAGCAGUACUGCGCGAUCUUGGCCGAGGACGAGCGUGCACUCUUGAAGGUAGGGAGCAUGGCUCUUUCAUUCAGCUGCAGCCACCCUCUGGGCUAUCUUAUCCUUGACAAGGCGAUUCAUGGUACACCAAUGGACCACCGGCCCUGGGUGGGAGACGGUUCCGGGUAUAUGAUUGCUGCAAUCCAUUGGGACGAAUACGAAACGGAUGUAGUUUGGGAUGACAGGGAUUGCAACAAGAGGUGGUUUCAUGGUCAUUUUUUUCUUGCCCGGGUCAUGGUCCCAACUCUGGUUGACAGCAAUUGUUGGCGCCUAGAUGGCGUCGGCACAUUGUUGAGGCAUGCGGCCAGUCUGCCCGACUUAGAGGUCUUAGACACAUUGCUUUCUAAGGGCGUCCACCCAUGCCUACUCUCUGAUGAGGGCCAUUCUCUCUUCGCGCUUGCCAGCAUGGGCAAGAAGUGGCAGGCAGUUCGCAUCCUACGCGAGCAUAGGAAUGAUUACGAUUUCAUGAACUGGAUCACUCACAAUACGUGGUGGCACUGGGCUUGCGGGCGUGAAGACCCUGGCUUUGUGAAGGCAUGGGAUAUGAACAGCACCUUGGACCAGCUGGCCGGUUUCAAGCCGUAUGGCACUUUGCAAAAAGCCUGGGAUGGGACUUUGAGUAUUGUUGAUGAUGUGGACGUGAAUUUCGCGGAUCCUACAACAGGCCUAACUCCUUUAAUGCUUGCUGCGUCAUGCGGCAGGGUGGAGGUUGUGCACGCCCUCAUAAUGCACAGGGCUUCUGUGAACGCCGAGAGUGCAGAGAAGUGCACCGCGCUCUCAAUGGCUGCAGACAUGGACAAUGGCGAUGAAGGCUUGGAGUGCAUGAAGCUGCUCAUCAAUGCCCGUGCCGACGUCCACGCCAAAGUCGGGAUGACCAUGAAGCGUCCUUUUUGGAAUCUCACGGGCCAGGAGAACAGCAUUCUGGCCGGACCAGCGCAGGCUGGAUAUUUUGACAAGCUGAAGCUUCUUCUCGAGAGUCGUGCUGAUCCCAAUUCGCCAAACAAUUUGGAUUUCGCUCCGCUGAUCCAGUGUGUUCGGUCGAACAAUGCGGAUUGCGCCAAGCUUCUCGUUGAGCAUGGAGGUGAUUUUUUCAGAUGGUCCAGUAAGCUCAUUUCGCUGCAGCACAAACCAGGCCUUCUCAUGAACUACAACACACGCUGUAAUUAUAUGAGCUGGAGCCCAGGUGCUGACGCUGUCCAUGCUUGGUAUAUGUAUGCAGCGGAGAACAAGGACAUCCUCCGCCUCGCGUUCGGGCUGGGCAUGGACGGGAAUGCCUGCUUUUACUCUGGACUUGCAGGCAACACGUGGCUUCCGAAAGCUGGUUACAAUCUCACGAAUGAUUACUGGUUCUUCGUAGAGGGCACCUCUGCUACAUUUGAGCUCUAUGUAAAGCAUGGUCUGGACAUCAACAGGCCUUCGGGCCCCAUGCGGCUGAACCUCCUGAUGAUAACAGGCUGGUCUUCCAACAAUGCGGCGAUCCUUACGCAUAUGCUGGAGAACUGCCCAGAUCCCGACGAGGCCCUGGCGUACAGGUCCAAAUUCCUGGGGAGCUUGGAGGACGGCGCAAGGAUUAUCGGGCUUGCAGCUAUCGUGGAAGCCAUCGAGGACUUCAAGCGCAAGCGGGCGGAUCAGGAAGGACCCUCACCCCAGCCUGCUUGACAGCAGAAGCGGGGGGCAGAGAGUAUCAGCCGCUGCUGCUUCUUCGACGCUUGAGAUCGACUGCCUCUCACCAAGCGGAAGAUUGCCGGCAAACCUUGAUUCCCGCCGGUGGGCAGUAAGGACCAGGGCUAUGUGGAAGGUUCUCACAGCAUUUUUGGGGAAGAGGGUCGUUUUGAAUUCGUUUUUUGGUGUUCUUCCGUCGCAGCGGUACACGCUCUCCACGCCGCUGGUUGCUGCCAUUCAGACGUAAUCUUCAAUCGCCACAUUUCAGGUCAUAACACCACGUCUGAUGUGUCAGGGCGAGCGCCGAACUUUUGAUGGCAGUAUUCGCAUAGCACGUGUUUGCUUUCCUCUAGUUGGAGGUUUGUUUUGCGAGGCCAGAACUGCCAUGCGUUCGGCCUCGCCGAGAAGGCUGGCCGCAGAUGAGAUUAACAUCUGUGCCGAGCACGAGCUCAGCUCGCCUUCUAUUGGCCUUUGCAGCGCGUUCCCCUGUUUUGUCAGACCUAUUUCGUGGCGAGGCUGGGACCUCAAAGGAUACCCACGAAGCCUCCCACGCGGCCCGAUUCGUCCAGAGACUACUUAUCGAGGCAAGCUCGGAAGCGAUGUUGCGUCUCGAUCUACUCUGGAGCAUCGACAAAUCAAACAGUGACCCAUAAAUAUCCACAGCGCUUUGCGGCACCAAGUCCGGAAAGCAGGUUGGGGUUUCACGGAACAGCCGAAGUUGUUGGGGUUUUUGUGGAUCAGCGAAGGGCCAUAUUGAGGCCGUCCUGGGCCCGUUGGGCUCGUCUGGCGUGCUUUUGGAGUCCUUUGGGCCUUCGCAGCUGUUUGGUGGCGUCCCCAUGGGAGGCAACCUUGAGCGGCUUGGACGCUGGGGCACGUUCUCCCAAGUUGGUGAUCGCUUGCGCUGCGGGUCGGAUUCGGGAACG